UAGUUUACUUAUAUUGCUUUUAUUGAAGCUGGACAAUGAGUUUUCUUCAUGAGGCUACUCAACAUCUACUUUAGAGAGAGAGAGAGAGAGAGAGAGAGAGAGGUAAAACAUGACUGGACCUUUACUUGAGAGGUUUAGUGAGAUACACACUUUAACUCCUCCAGCAUUACAGCCGCUGUAGUUGCCGCCACGUGCAGCGGUGUUGUAUGUUUACCCCGGUGAGCUUGUGCACGCGCGUCUCUCCUGUCUGCCCUCUGCCUGUGGUGCCUCCCUUUUUGACACACACCCAAUGCUGCCGGACCAGCGUGACUCCCGCAGCCGUCCAAGGGCGCACAGUGCACCUUCAGCACGGGAAAUAAAGAUGGAGCCUCUGAGUGUCCACAGACCCGGCGUCUUUCAUUUCAGCCGCUGUAAUCCAUCUGAGCAGCAGCAUGGCUCCUCGAAGCCCCCGCUGGGUUCCUCGGCCGUGACCUCUCGUAUCCUGCUCCGCCAGCAGCUGAUGCGCGAGCAGCUCCAAGAGCAAGAGCGCCGCGAGCAGCAGAGACGCCAGAGCGCAUCUUACGGUCAGCCCUCCGUCACCCAGACCCCCGCCAUCAACGUCAGCGCACCCGCCACUCUGUCCAGUGCCACCCAGGUGCCCAUGGAAGUCUUGAAGGUUCAAACCCAUCUUGAAAAUCCCACCAAGUAUCAUAUCCAGCAGGCUCAGAGGCAGCAGGUGAAAGCGUAUCUGUCCACCACUAGUCUGGGAGGAAAGCUCGGAUCACAGGCGUUGAGUUUGCCGUGCCCCAGCCAGGCCACAGAUCACGGGGGAAUGCCUCAUGGGCCGGGCAACAGCGCCCCCAACAGUCCCAUGGCCUUACUGACACUGAACUCCAACUGCGAGAAAGAGAUGGAUGACGUCAUUGAUGACAUAAUUAGUUUGGAAUCAAGCUACAAUGAUGAUAUAAUGGGACUCUCCUUGGACCCUGCGCUUCAGAUGGCCAACACGAUUCCUGUGUCGGCCAACCUCAUGGACAUGUACCCCGGCAUUCCUCCUCAUGUCAUUUCUAUCAGUAACUCCUGCCCUGCUAACCUGCCCAAUAUUAAAAGGGAAUACUCCGUUAUUCCAUCUCCAGCCAUGAUGCACAUGAUGGAGAAGCCCAGCUCCUGCGGCAAGUUUGAAAACUAUCAAAGGCCUGAAGGGUUUCCUGUGGAGGCAGAAGUUCGCGCUCUCGCAAAGGAAAGGCAAAAAAAGAACAACCAUAAUCUGAUUGAGAGAAGACGAAGGUUCAACAUCAACGACCGAAUCAAAGAACUAGGGACUAUGAUCCCGAAAUCAAACGACCCGGACAUGCGCUGGAACAAGGGCACCAUUCUUAAAGCUUCUGUGGACUACAUCAGAAAACUUCAGAGAGAGCAGCAACGUGCCAAAGAACUGGAGAACCGUCAGAAGAAGCUCGAACAUGCCAACCGUCAUCUGAUGCUCAGGAUACAGGAGUUAGAAAUGCAGGCUCGCGCACAUGGACUCGCGAUCGCCUCUUCUGCGCUCUGUCCGUCCGAGCUGGCGGCCCGGGCUAUAAAACGAGAGGCAGUCCUCGGAGACUGCACCCAGGAUAUGUACCCCCACGCACACCCGUCUUCCUGCCCGGACAUGGGCCGAACCAGCACCCUAGACCUUAAUGACGGUACAAUCACCUUUAACGACGCCCACGGUUCAGGCCCUAACCUGUCCGCUGAUGCAGGGGCAUAUGGUCUCGUGCCGAAGGCACACGGAGCUAAACUCGACGACAUCCUGAUGGACGACACAUUGUCACCCGUAGCAACGAGCAACCCACUUCUCCCCUCCGUCUCGACAGAAGGCCGCCGUAAGAACAGCAUGAGCAUGGAAGAAAACGAGCAUGUUUGUUAGCGCAAUAAAAACGUUCGUUUUGGCUGUUCUGUUGAGAUUGACACUUUGACUUUGUUCUGUGUCAAGCGCAAAGUAAUAUUAUUUUUUUUACACUCAUGUUACCGUGUUUCAACCUUAUCCCUCCUGACGUUUUUAUUGUGUUAUAAUACGUUAUCUGUGCGUAAUAUCAGUUUCAUACUGUAGAUUGGUUAACUUUGCAUCGGUGUGUUUAGAAUAUCAUUUAGUCCAAUUUGGGAUAGUAUAAAAGUGGUUUCUUCUGGUUGUACAGUAGCAUAUUUGCGCACAGUUUAAAAAAUACUUCUUGUUUAUAUACUUGGAACGGAAUGAAGGAUAAUACUCGCCAUUUAGCUUAAGAUAUCAAGUGACAACUUCACUAAACAUUAGCAUUAAGGAGUUAAAAAGGAGCACUUAAAAAUGGUUAUUUACUCAACCUUAUGUUGUUUUAAACCCGUUUUCGCUGCAUAAAAUCAUUUAUGUUCAUUUAGAAGGAUCUGAACAGUUUUCCAUUCAAUGACCUUUACUGUACAGUUUAUAUUCACCCCAUUUGUUAAGCUUCGAAAGGACAAGAACUGUCUUUUUACGAAAUAGUUGAAUUAAUAUUCUUAUGGAUUUAGAACAACAUGGGGAUGGGUACAGAAUAAAAAUGUCAUUCUUGGGUGAACGAUUUCUUUAAAGCCGCAAUCCGUAACAUUUACCUCUGUAUCGCCAUCUCUGUUUGCAACAUAAAUGUGCGGGUUACUUGAAAGUUUCCCAUAAAAUUGUAGCAGACAGCUCAAUUUAUAAUCCGUUUUCAGCUCACCGUUGUGAGUCGUGGGAAAGUUUGAAACACUGAUUGUUUAUGUACUUGUUAAUGUGUACUAUGUACCAAAAAGUUACGGAUUGCAGCUUUAACAUAAAUCGUAAACAUCAAAAAAUAAUUCACCUGAGUGUUAAUUCACAAAUUAUUUUAACAUUAUCGAAUGUAAAAGUCUUCCAAAAAACAUAGACAUCAUCUGGGCUAAAUAAUUGUCAAAUAAUAGAGGCCAAUAUUUUUCCAAUAUUCAGUGUUAUUUUUUAUUCUAUUUUAUUUGGUCUGAUGAGAAUCAUUUCAUGUCACUGAUUAUUCCACUGCAAUAAUAACCUGUAGUCCCUGAGGCUACAUGACUGUAAUGCACAUGCAAGAAAUGCACAUUCGAUGGUUUCACUAAUGCAUUGGCAAUAUUCAUCGUCCUGUGCCAAAAUCCUUUAGCAAUACUCCGCUUUAUACCAGCAGUGAAUACUUUUAGAAGAAAACCACUGGACAGCGUAUUGUGGGUUUUAUGGUCUGUUAUGGUUAGUUGCCAUGUGUGUCAUUGAAGCACAUUUUUAAAAACUGUCAUGGUCAGGCCGUGGUUAUGUGCAGUGCCUUGGUUCUUACGCAAAAGUUCUUCAGUUUUCUAUUUAAUAUAUUUUUUUGAAUAUAACGUGUCUAGAGGAUACCUGUGAAUUCAGUGCUUCUCACAGAAUAAUAGCACUGAAUACAUCCGUGGGAAUGUGAAUUCAUGAAUACUGAAAGAAUAACAAUAAUAUACCUGUAGCAAACUUCAUUUCAAAUCAUUGUUCUUAAAGAACUUUUAAUCAUCUUUUUAACUCUUAUUUCCUUGAUGUUGGUGGUUAUGUAUCUCCUUGUUUAAGACUGUUCAAAAACUGCAGAAAUUGAGAAAAAUGCUCAUACCUUAAAAUGAUAAAAAGAAGAAGAAAAGAUAGGCAUCAAAAUGUUUAUAUAUUCUAACACUUGUUUGGGUUUUUAAAAUGCUUACAUAGUGUAAAAUGACUGUCUGUGUAUGUAUGUAAUAAUAAGCUGUACUGUUACUGUAUAUUUCUGCUGUAGUGAAGGUACUCAUAUUUGCCUUUUGAGAAGUAUCCGUGUGUGCCACUGUAAUGAUCAUGUAAGUGCAACUAUAACUGUAUCUGUUGUUUUAUAGAACUAUGCAAAGGUUACUUUGAGUUUAGAAAUCAACACGUGUUUCAUUGAAAGAUUGAAGAUGUAAUGUAGGUAGUGAAGGCCGAGACAGAACAUUGUAAAGUGCCUUACAUUACCUUGUACUUAAAGGAACAGGUCAGCCAAAAAUGAACAUUUAGUUGUCAUAUACUCACCCCAUGUGUCCCAAAUUGUGACUUUCACAGAGCACAAAUUUUCAAAUGAAAGUGUAUGGGGACUGGAGCUGUCAAGUUCCUAAAUAUAUCCAUGCCCUAUAUUCCAAAUCUUUGGAAGCCCAAAUGAAAAUUGUCUUGAUAUAACUGUUGUUAUUUGUUGGAAAUAUUCGACCUCAAAUAUUAAGAAAUCUGAAUUUUUAUGUAUGCAUAUGAAAGUGAGUAGAUGACGACAGUAAGAACUGUUCCUUCUGACAAUUCAGCCAAGUAAAAAUUAUUUUGUCAUUUACUUGCCCUCAUGUCAUGUCAAACCUGUAUGACUUUUUUUCUUCUGCAGAACACAAAAUAAUAUAUUUCAAAGAAUGUUGGUAACCAAACAACACUGGGGCCUCAUUGGCUUCUUGUAUGGACACAAAACCACUGAGACAUUUCUCAAAAUAUCUUCUUUUCUGUUCUGCGGCAAUUAUAUGAAGGUGAAUGAGCGAUGAAAGAUUUUUAACUUUGGGCGUUGAACUGUCUCUAUAAACGUGUUGUUUUUACUAUUUAUGUCAUUUUAGACUUCGUCUUAGACUGUGGUACCUACUGUAACUGGUUUAAGGGUUCGAUCCUCAAGGGAAUUAAAGGAAUCUUGCAUUGUGAUCUUCAACAAGACCACAGAAACGGGGUUUGACUCGAGACUCGACCUGACUGAACGUAUGUUCCUGCGUAAACUACACUGUCAAAAAUACCUGUAAAAAAGCAGGAAUAUUCAGGUAGCUGGGGCACCUGAAAAAUAACAUUUUUAAACCCAGCUUGUAAAUAUGCAGUCUAUUUCUGUAAUUAGACAUUUUUCCGUAUUUCAAAAAUUUGUCAAAUACAGUAAAAUGCUGUAAAAUUACAGUUUUUACAGUGUGGGGUUGUCUUGAAGCACUUUCAAGACUAGUGUGUGAUAUGUCUAUGCUUGCUAGAAAGAAACUACUGAAAGUUGACUUGUCAUUGAAUGUAAUACUAUACAGUGUUGACUACUAAACUUUGCCAAAUUCCAUGUGAAAGUGUCUAAAUAUGCAGUUAUGAAUAUGAAGCUGUUACAUAUUGUAUUGUGGAUUUGUAGCAAACAAAAUGGCUGCAUUUUUUUUCUGAGCAAUAAUUCAGACAAUCAGGUAACAGGUAAAGCACAAGAGAGGUGAGGUGCCUUUAAAACUCUGCGUGGCUUCCAUUCAAACUUCAACCAAACGUUUUUUAAAACCAAAUACAUAUUGGUUUGUCUUUUAUGAAAGUGUCCAGUUUUUCGGAUUUUUGUUUUGCUAUACUUUUGUAUUAUGUUUUUGAAGCUUAACCAAAUGUUAUUUAAGAGAAUGUUAUUAAGAGACUUAAAAUAGCGUUUAAUGUUUUUUGUUGUUGUUAAAUUUCCUUAUGAAUUGCUUGUGAAUUUAUAACGGAAGUCGGCCCACUUUUCACCUAACGGGGAAAUCACUCCUUUCAGUCAAAAGAUUUUUAUAAAACUUCAACUGGAAGCUUCAUGAUGAAGGUUAAUGGUCACAGAUGUGGCCGUGUCAGUGUUGGGGUUAAACGUGACAGUUGUAUUGAGAAUGAAAGUGUCCAUUAAAAUAAUAUUCAGUGGUUUUUACAGUUUCCUUUGUUUGUAUUCGUAUAACCUGAUGUAUUCUCUUAAAUAUUUCUUACUUUUAUAACAAUAUGUUAAGAUUCAACCUUUCAGGUGCAGUGAUACUGUUACAUGAUGUUUAUUGGUCCACUCUUUGUUCAUCACACCAUUUCUUGAAUGCUCGGCAUAAGAUGCUGUCUUCUAUGUCACUGAAGAUUCCUGUGGGGUGUAAAAGACAGAAACUGUAAAACUGUAAUCUUAAAUUACAGUAUGUCACAACAAAACAUGUUCAACAGACACCAUUUAACGCUGCAUGUUUAAAUAAAAAAUUGAAAAUUGUUUAGAAGAAACAAGACUUUAAACUCUUAAAAUGAAUAACAUUUCUGCAGUCGUUUAACCAUUAAGCUUUAUCACAGGUUUUACGGCAGGAAAAUCGAACGCUCAUCGGCUCUCGCCCGCUUCGUCACAGAUUGCGUGUUUAAAAUAUGCCGUGUUUCUGGUGAGGUGUGUUUGAAGGAGAAAUGCACGCUUUCACGGAGUGGAUAAGGAUAAUAAUCUGGAUAAUAUUUUCAAUGAUUAACAACUUAAAUUCUGCUCUGUUCCUUACACAAAACUGUUCUAUUCCACCAUAGAGGACUGCAACGCAUCGUCAUUUGGACUACUUUUGGUAUUUUUUAAAUAAAUGA